AUUGCAAAAUAACUAUUGCAAAAUAACUAUUGCAAAAUAAUCGCCAUGUCUCUCUCCAACAAGUUAUCCAUCACUGACGUGUCCGUCAAGGACAAGAAGGUCCUGAUCAGAGUCGACUUCAACGUCCCUCUCGACUCCAAGAAGAACGUCACCAACACACAGCGUAUCGCCGGUGCCAUCCCAACCAUCAAGUAUGCCAUCGACAACGGCGCCAAGACUGUUGUCUUGAUGUCCCACUUGGGCCGCCCAGAUGGCAAGGUCAACGACGAGUUCUCGCUCAAGCCUGUCGUUCCAGAGCUCGAGAAGCUUCUCGGCUGCAGCGUCACCUUCGCUCCUGACUGCGUCGGACCAAAGGUCGAGGAGAUUGUCAACAACGCCAAGAACGGCGAGGUCGUUCUCUUGGAGAACUUGCGCUUCCACGCUGAGGAGGAGGGAAGCAGCAAGGAUGCUGACGGAAAGAAGGUCAAGGCUUCGAAGGAGAGCGUUGACAAGUUCCGCGAGGAUCUUACCAAGCUUGCGGAUGUCUUCAUCAACGACGCUUUCGGAACCGCCCACCGCGCCCACAGCUCCAUGGUCGGUGUAAACACCCCGCAGAAGGCCUCCGGCUUCCUCAUGAAGAAGGAGCUCGAGUACUUCGCCAAGGCCAUUGAGAGCCCUGAGCGCCCAUUCCUCGCCAUCCUCGGAGGUGCCAAGGUCAGCGACAAGAUCCAGCUGAUCGACAACCUUCUCGGCAAGGUCGACUCGCUCAUCAUCUGCGGUGGCAUGUCUUUCACCUUCAAGAAGACCCUCGAGGGCGUCAAGAUCGGCAACAGCUUGUUCGAUGAGGCUGGCAGCAAGAUCGUCGGCGACCUGGUCGAGAAGGCCAAGAAGAACAACGUCAAGCUUGUCCUGCCAGUUGACUACAUCACCGGCGACAAGUUCGCCCCUGAUGCGACGACCGGCACCGCCACCGAUGAGUCCGGCAUUCCUGACGGAUGGAUGGGACUCGACUGCGGACCCAAGUCCAUUGAGCUCAUCAACCAGACCAUCAACGAGGCCAAGACCGUCCUCUGGAACGGCCCACCAGGUGUCUUCGAGUUCGAGGCCUUCGCCAACGGCACCAAGAAGAUCCUGGACUGCGCUGUCGCCGCCGCACAAAACGGAAAGACCGUCAUCAUCGGAGGUGGUGACACCGCGACCGUUGCGGCCAAGUACGGUGUUGAGGACAAGCUGAGCCACGUCUCUACCGGUGGCGGUGCCAGCUUGGAGCUGUUGGAGGGCAAGGAGCUCCCCGGUGUCUCUGCCCUGUCGAGUAAGUAGAUUUAGAAAAGUGCUGGCACAUAUAGCAAUUUAGAGCAGCUCUGAUGUUGCUAGAUCUAUCUCUAAAAUCGAAACUGCGUCUGUGAGCUUGGAAUGUGAUAGCAUAAAAUGGCAUAGCAUUUGUACAUGUGUUUCAAAGUCACAAAUGAUCUGAUGGUCCUGAUAGCUUGUGUGAGGCGUUUGUAUUAUUUGCGCAAACAGCUGCCUUCUAUGCUAUGCAUUGCAUUGGUGAUUGGCCUUCCUGACUCCGAA